UCUCUCAGUCGCUCCGACUCGGGAACCAAUCGUCCAGAGUACCAGUCAGCGGAGAUAGCAGGCAGUAUUUUACCCUCUCAAGCUAACUCGCUUUCGGCUUUGGUUUGAAAUGGACACCCCUACAACCGCUCGGAGCAGACAAUGCUCAUUCAUGCGCACCUGCAAAAGCGGACUCUCCCUGUGGCUGGUGGUGUGGCUGGUCCUCGGCAAGCCCGGUCCGUCGGCGGCGUGCCCGCAUCUAUGCGUGUGCUACCCGACUCCCAUGACCGUGAGCUGCCAGGCGCAGAACUUCACCUCCGUGCCCGUCGGCGUGCCCUACGACUCGCAGCGUGUGUUCCUACAGAACAACCGAAUUACGGAGCUCAGAGUUGGCUCUUUCGGCUUCGGGACUCAGGUCCUGUGGCUGUUCUCCAACAACAUCACGUGGAUCGAGGCUGGCUCCUUCAGUGAGCUGAGGGAUCUAGAGGAGCUGGACCUGGGGGACAACUCUCACCUGCGCAGGCUGGAAGGAGGCGCCUUCAGGGGCCUGGAGAAACUCCAGAGUCUCCACAUGCACCGCUGCAAGCUCACCGCCCUGCCCCACGACCUGUUCCACAAGCUGUACAGCCUGCAGUUCCUCUACCUGCAGGAGAACCAGCUCCACUUCCUCCAGGAUGACCUCUUUUCUGACCUCAUCAACCUGAGCCAGCUUUUCUUGCAUGGAAACCGUAUCCGUACUCUGUCGGAGAACGUGUUCCGUGGCCUGGUCAACCUGGACCGCCUUCUUCUCCACGACAACCGUGUGCGCCAGGUUAACCGCAGGGCGUUCCGCGACCUCGGACGCCUCACCAUGCUCUUCCUGUUCAACAACUCAUUGGCUGAGCUCCCCGGCCAGGCUCUCCGUGACACCCAGGGCAUCGAGUUCCUCCGUCUCAAUGGGAACCCCUGGUCCUGUGGCUGCGAGGCCCUCCCCCUGUGGGAGUGGUUCCGUGGCGCCCGCGUCUCAUCGUCCGAGCUGUUGUGUUCCUCCCCGUCCCCCCGCCGCGGGAUGGACCUCCGCUUCCUCCGUGAGAUGGACUUCGCCCUCUGCCCUCUCCCCGACCCUGGCACCCUGGCCGGCUCCACCACGAGGACCUUCAGCACCAAGACAAGAUGGUGGUUCUCCAAGCACAAGCCCCAGUCCCAGACCAAGGCAGUGUUCGAGAAGAGCUCCGAGACCAUCAAGGCCUUCCCGUUCCCCCAAGGAAAGAACAACCCACCCAUCGUGUCCUCCACCAACGUCAAGUACGAGCUCGGUGAGGAAGAGGCAGCCCUACCCAAACUCGACGCUGAGGAGUACUGGGCGAACUAUGGGAACGAGGACGCCGGCACCACGCUGCGAUGCUUCGAGCUCGAGUGUCCGCCUGACUUCGAUGGCCUCCCUCCCAACUCCUCCUCCACCCCCACAUCAUCCCCCUCUCUCUCACUCCUCCUCGCCCUCUCGCUACUCGCCUUCUCCAUCAAUCUACACCUCAUAUUUGGCUGAAUCAGACUGAGUACCCACUUCCCGUUCCUGUCUUCGCCCCAGCCCCUCUCAGGGCAUGGGGAACCCCUUGUUAAAGACUCUGUACCUCCCUAGUUAACCCUCUGAUGUCCUACUGGAUAACCUCUGUCAGUAGUACAGGACAGCAGGGGAUACAAAGGGGGGGGGGGUUAGAUUGUUACUUCUAACUUAAUGCAGGGUUAAACAACAAUGGCUGACAGUACAUAGUACACUAUUGUACAUAGUACAAUAUAGUACAGUACAGUAGUCAACCAAGGCUGUUACUACAACAGGUGCAUCUCACCUGUCUGGUGUGUUGGUUGCCGUGACGACGCCUGCAAUCAGGGGUCAGUGGUCACCUGUAACGCUCUACAGCGAACACCAGUGCUACUUACUGUUGCGAAUGCUACAACUGUUGUCACUUGGAGGAAUAUUACAACUACAAGUUCUACGACUCUUACAUGCAUGUUACGACUACUACUAUUCAGAACACGUCUGCUACUACAAGUGCUAUGAUUACAGUUACGACAGUAUCUACAUUUCUACUGUUGUACUAACUCUGACAACUGUACUGUAAAUAGGUGGGUGUACUUGAUGGUGCAGUGCAGUUGGGAUUUCCUUCUUAUAUGUUGUCUACCACGAUGCCUACUUUAUAACGGAUUGUUUACAGAGAAAUCGCUAAGGGGAGAGAGAAAAGAAGGGAUGAAAGAGAGGCAGUCACCAGAGUACGAGAAGGUGAGAGAGGAUAUGUAGAGAGAUAUGUAAAGGUAGAGAGAGAGAAAGACACACAGAGAGAGGAUAUGUAGAGAGAUAUGUAAAGGUAGAGAGAGAGAAAGACACACAGAGAGAGGAUAUGUAGAGAGAUAUGUAAAGGUAGAGAGACAGAAAGACACACAGAGAGAGGAUAUGUAGAGAGAUAUGUAAAGGUAGAGAGACAGAAAGGCAGAGAGAGUGAUGAGUUAAAAAGUUACCAAAGGAAGAAGCUAGAGGACAGAGGGUGGAAGAGAAGAGAAGAGAAGAAAGGGCAACAGGAAAGGACAGAGAGCGAGGGAGAGAGGGUUGUCGAGAUUCUCAAUAAUAAAGAGAACGGAAGAGAGGGAGCAAGGACAGCGCAGGCAAUAUAAAUAAAGCAAAGGAAUUUGAGACACGGUGAAAUGAAGAAAGAACGAAAGAAAGAAAGAGAGAGAAAAUGACAGUACUGGCCUUUGACCAUGAGAUACUUAAUAGGAGAGACAAGCAAUCACUUCAGGUAUUCAAGUUCAGUUUUUUGUAUAACUUCAUGUCCUGUAAAUAUGACAUCAUCACCAUAGAAGCCACAGGGGAAGGAUGCUUCCUGUCUGGCAGUGUCAGUCGCUGUUCUGAUUGGCUAUUGCUGUUUGUUUGUGAUGUCAUUGACGGAAUGUGUGACAUGACCCGUUUGAGAGAUAAAAAGACCUCUUGAGAUUCUGAAUAACAUUUGUGAGACUUUUCUUUGGGUGCAGCAGCUGUUGUGUUUCAAACUGAUUUUACUUGAUCAAUAAUUGAUCUCUUUAAGUAAUUUGUUCUCUCUCUUGGAAUGCUCACUCACUUCUUUGGAAGGUGAAAGUAGUGCACUACAUAGGAAACAGGGCGCCAUUUCAGACGGAGCCCAUGACUGCUUGUUAGUCCUAUAGCCAAAAACUGGAUGAUGAGUAAACAAACAAAUUAAGUGUUUUCAACUCAGCCCCUCAAUUCCGACAACCAUACCCACUCCAAUAUCUCUAGUCUAAUACUCCCCCUCCCCACAUCAACUAAGCAGAAUCAACUUAGUUCAACUCAGAAGAAUCAACUUAGUUCAACUCAGAAGAAUCAACCAGUAACUGAACUGCAUAGAACUCAAGAAGAGAUCUAGAAGUGGAACUGAAAGAGACAUAGAAUGGCACACGUGAUGACUGGACUGGACUGGACAGUCCAAACCAAUAAGACCGACUAGUGAUUGACCAGCCAUAUUAUUCCAAUAGGACUGUUCUGGACUACUGAGCUCAGAGAUCCUGGCACAAAAUGAAUGGAUGGAAAAGCCUGGCAGCUUCCCAGCAGGGAGAGACAAGGAGAGUUACAUUGUGGCUUUACUGAGAUUGAUUGACAGAUGGACAGAACAACAGAGGGACCAAAUUGUCACUCACAGACUUUGCUGACUCACAGAGAGACAUAAUUCCUUGACUUGCUGACAGAGACAGACUGACUGACCUAUUCAUGCCUUGGCGACCAGUGAUCGACGGAAGACAGUUUAAAAGAGAGACUGGAAUCUGAUUGGCGGACAGCUGAAGCAACGUCAGAGAAAGGAGGAGGACCUCUGAGGAGGUGACCAAAAACAGACUUCCUCUCCUCUUCCUUUCCUCCUACUCGUUUUGUCUGAGUUUCUACAAGGCUUUGUAGGAGGGUGGGUAGGCGUGCUGACGAAUCAUCCCUCCCUCCCUCCUUCUUCCCCUCUCUCUCUGUCUCUCUCUCUUCCUUUCUUUAUCCUACCGGUCACCUGUUUCUGUAAAGCACUCACCCCUGCGUGCUCCAUCCCUCUGAAGAGAGAGAGAAAUUAAAGGAGGGAGUGGAAGGAAGAAGGAGAGAGAGAGAAAGAGGGGAGGAAGGAGGGAGGGAGGAGAGAGACCGUUCCUUUUACAUAGAUGUUUUCAGUAGAGGUGAAGAGGGCAAGGACAGGUUGAGAUAGGGUAUGAGUAGGAGGAGAACAGAGGCACACACACACACGCACACACACACACACACACACACACACACACACACACACACCUUAUGUUAUGAGUUUCUAGACUAAGUGGUGAGAAACAGACAGACAGAGAGAAAGAGAGAGAGAUACAGACAGACAGACAGACAGACAGACACAGACAGAGUCUUGCAGCUCCAUGUAAUGUCAUCCCAAUCUAUUUCUGUUACAGUAGUUACAUAGAUUGUGCUUUCUAAAAUCACCUCGCUUUUAAAGAAAAGCAUUACCUAUGUUAAUCAGUUGGAGAUUUUGGGAUGAAUCCCAAAUGGCACCCUGUCCCCUAUGCAUGGGCCUCAUUCAAACGUAGACCACUGAAUAGGGAGUAAGGUGCCCUUUGGGAAACAGCCUUUCAAUACAUGUGAGUCAACCAUAGAAACAGGAUUCUAUGGACUCAACAAUACGCUGUUCACUAAUAAUAGAGUCCAGGGAUUGGUUUGUGUUCUGUCCUGCUGUGGUAACACUGUGUCCGUCCAUAUAUGUCAGCCAUUAG